GCCACGACUUGCUCCGAUCUCCCAAAUCACAACCGAGUAAUGCCACAAAUUUAUUCAACAUCUCCAAUAGAGAGAAAUGCGGCGGUACUUACAUUACCGAGAUUUCCUGCACACGCAUGCAACCGACGUCACGUGAAUCCUGCAUUCGGUGUGACAUGUUACCGGGCAGUCUCUACAUUUCAGCGCCAACUUUCCAAACCUGAUUCUGACGUGUAAACGGGAGGAGAACGAUAUUAGAGAUUUUCAAUGCGGAAGAUAUGGACAAUUUCACUCAACUAUAAUACUGCUGGUUGCAACGAUUGAAAAGCGAUCGAGAUAAUAAAUAACUGCAAGUAUAAACGGAAGAAAGGAGAUAAUGUCACAGGCAUUAUUACACAAUUUGCCGGAAACGCAACACAUAAAUCCCUUUAAACAUAAAUCUGAGAUACGCGACGAAUUGAUAGCAGACUUGAGAAAAGCAAAGACUAACGGCGAAUACUUUCAACAAUCGGAAAUUGAGGGAAAGAUCGAUGCUCUUUGCAAAUGGAUGUGCACAACACCUAAGAAGAGCGUUUAUAGAUUAGAUCGUUUUACAGAUUGUUACAGAAACGAUCUAGACAGUUUAUACGAGGCAUUGAAACAGGACGACAAACCGGAUCCGUCUAUCCACUUUUUACCGGAUCUUCCAAAGGGAAUAGUUGCAGUCGAUAGUUGGGAUUCAUCGGUGGCUCUUGAUUUAAAGAGAUAUCCAGAUGAAAUUAUCGUUGAUGCUGCAUGUGGUGCAGCUGUACUAAGAGGAUCUCAUGUUUAUGCUCCUGGCGUUAUUGGAAUGCCAAAUGGUUUAAUCAUUGAUACCAAAGUUAGUGUGUUUGCCGAUAUUACUGGUCAAUGUAAGAAAGGCUUGAUUAAACCGUAUGCCAACGGUAAUAAGGUGUAUUUAGGUAAUGGCAUUCUUCGACAAACCAGGAAAGAAUUAUUCCGCAAAGCAGCGGGAAAUCCAUGUGGUGUUGCGAUAACUAUGACUGAUGUAAUCUCACGAGUUCCACAAUUGAAUGUACAUAACGAAUCUUUGAGACCACAUGCCCUCUUACAAAAUUUGCCGUCGAUUGUAUGUAGUUUGGUUUUAAAUCCUCAACCAGGUGAAAUCAUCUUGGACAUGUGUGCUGCACCUGGUAACAAAACCACACAUAUUUCCCUGCUUAUGAAGGGACAGGGUACAAUAAUAGCUUUGGAGAAAAAUCCAGGUAAAGUGGCUCGAUUUAAGGAAAAGUCUAGUGAGAAAAAUAUCAAAAUAUUUUGUUACGAUGCUACAAAGGCUGUCGUCGAACGAGAAUGCAGUUUCGUUCAUAUCGCCGGAUCACCUCCGUUCAAAGAGAAUUAUUUCGAUCGUAUCCUCUUGGAUACCCCAUGCAGCGCUUUAGGUCAAAGGCCGCAAUUGUACAAUACAAUCACGUCGACGCAACUUUAUUCCUACGUUCCUUUGCAGCGAAGUCUCUUUUCUGUCGCUGUUCGUCUUUUGAAACCAAAAGGGACAUUGGUUUAUAGUACAUGUACCGUUACAAUAGCGGAGAACGAAGGAAUUGUCGCUUGGGCAUUGAAGCAAUAUCCAAAGUUGAAGUUAGAAUCUGUUCAAGAUCAGAUAAAAACAGACAAAUAUGGCACUCAAGGAUACAGCAUAGAUGGUUUAACGAAUGAAAAUGCGAAAAAAGUAUGUAGAUUUGGUCCUGAGAGUGAUUCCGUUGGAUUUUUCAUUGCACGCUUCACAAAAUGUUCCUGAGGUGAUGAAAUUUAUCUAGAGACUCUGUACUACGUUAUUAUUUUUGGCUGAAAUUUAAAAAACAAUUAUUGUCAUCUUCUCUAUAGUAGAGAGAAGAACAAGUUUGACAAAGUUAUUUAAAAUUAGCGGAUGGGGUUGAAAAGAAAGAAAAUUUGACCGCUAGAAUUUGUUUCUUUGAUUCUUGAAACAAACAUUCUUUUAUUACAUCUGUCAACACAGUAUCAAACGGUACUUGAUAUUUCUGCGUGAAUAUAACAAGUGUGUAUAUUCUACCGUUCUUCAUACGUGACCGCAUCUCCAAUAAUCUCUGUCGUUACCACGGAACAAUUGUUACAAAUUGCAUACAAUGUUUCUACCUAAUUUAUGAGAGAAAAAGAAACAGACUUUAAGGAAAAGGAGGGAGAGUUAUCUGAUGGAAAAGCUAUAAUUAUAUAAACUAUAAUUUACAUGCAUUCCGUGAACAUUGGGAAAGAAGUAGAGGUACAAAUAUAUAUGCUCUUGCGGUUUGAGCGUAAAAUACGCAGGCCACAUGGCGAAAGAUGGUAGAAUCAGCAUGUUAUUGCUAGCAACAUCCUAGAACGAGGUAGAAAUACACUUGUAUAAUUAUUGCUGGUAACGGCUUCAUAAAUUUUACCUCAAUGUGCAUCGAGCACCAAUCGAUUUCGCUCAUAAUGAAGAAUCUGCCCUCGCCACCGACAUUUUUAAUCAUCAGGGGUAAGGUGACUCUUUCACCUACGAGACACGUCCCACAGUCGAAACUUUUUAAUUUCCUGUGUGCAGGCGUCACACUUUCUAUAGAUGUGCUAGCUGCACUCCUGCUUGUAUCGGUAGACUGUGUUUCCAUUGUCUAUUAAAGAGAGAGAGAAAAAAAGAAAAAGUAACCGCGUGAUUACUUGGAGAAUAUUUUGAUGGAAAAUUAGAAAAUAAAGCCGUACGUAGUCCUCGUAAGAAUCCACUCGUCGAUAUGGAAUUUCUACAGUCAAUUUCCAUUCUGUGUUUCUUACCAUCGUUUGCAGUUGUUGUGGUGGACAUUGGAAAUGAGGGAUAUUAAUUGCUGCAAAAUAUAAUCUUCUCUUUACGAUGUAUUAAUCGUUUAUUUCUUUUGUUCUCUAUACUUGAUACGUUUUGCAUAUCUUUUUCAUACGCGUACCGAUGAGUUUAUUGCAAUGCACAAGUAAAUUCAUUUACCUCUCAAUAACGGUGGAUCUCGGUAACCACGUAAUUUAAUCAUUACUGAACGUCCUUGUCGUACAUUUAUCACUAACAUUUCUUCGGGCUCGUCCAAGAUGUCGCAACGAAAGAAAACAAUCAAUUUUAUAUAUAACCCUGGAGAAAUACUCGCCGUUUGUGUUUUACGUCCGAUCAUGACAGUGAAAUGAGAAUAAUUCGGUCUUGCCAUCAAUUGAAACCUUGCUGAAGAAUCGCUCACGUUUUGUAGCAUGACAACUUUCUAGAAUGGGGGUAGAAAGGGAGACGAGGGUGAGAGAGAAAAUAGAAUAUUAUUAAUUGAAAAAUGAUAUUUUAUAAUGCGUACCCGGUACAAUUUGUUCGACUCGUAGUUGCGAAAUUCCACAGAGCUAGGAGUGGCAAUUAAGAUGGUUCUUUGUAAUUUGGUUUUCGAGCUACUUCUCUUUGAUCGUUCAACUGACGAGGAAACUGAUUCGACUCUUCUGAGAAUGGUUACAGAAUAUGCAUCGAGAUACAUGGCAAACGAAUUGAACUAGUACUAUAUAUAUACCUUUGAAAGGUUUUCCCAAGAGAAUUAGAGAAAUGAUAAGAAACAAUGGAAACCGUUAUUACCUGGCACGAAAGGUUGUCAUGACGAUUUUAAAUAUAUAAUUUGUAUCAAUUAGGAUAACGCUUCAAAAAUAGACGUGUAAAGUUAUAAUUUUAUAUUUAUUGCGUUUUAAAAGCGAUAUUAAUGGGAUUAUAUACGAAACUUGGAAACUAAAUAUAAACUUAUGAAUAACUUGUGACAUAUUUCUCAGCGUAUUUUCAAUACACAUAAUCAAAAUAAAACAUCGUCGGUAUGUGGGACGUCAUUUUUCGCCUUAAUUGUCAAUUCUUUGCAAGACACGAGCAAAAGCAAAAAGAAAGAAAUAAAAGGAAACAAUUUAGAACCACGUUCAUUUUCAUUGCAGAAAUCGCAAAUAGGAGAGUUACAAUUAUUUAUUUCACAAAAAAUAUAUAUGCGCAUGUGUGUACACAUACACAAUAUAUUAUACAUAUUGUAUAAAUAGCAUAUCGAGGUUAAAUUUUUACAGAUUAUUUCAUGCGUCAUUAUUUUGCAUAUCUUGGGCCCGGUUUCACCAACAUUGUUUAACUUUAAGCUUCACUUCAUUCGUUCUUUACCUUUUUCCGUUACUUUAGAAAGACAAACGUGAAUUAAAGUUAAGGGACAUUUGGUGAAACCGAACCUUAGGAUUACCUGCAACUACUCGAGUAGGAACGGGUUUAAUAAUAGAACGCAAAUUGAUACUCCGUUCAACAUUGUAUUUUAAGCUUUAUAGGUUCAGAAAUUAUAAGUUUCAUUAGAGUGCACUUAUUUAUCCUACAGAUAAGCACACACGGUCCAUGUAAUGCAAUAGCGAAGUUGGCUGGAUGUAUUAAUGUGCGCCCUAGUGCACAUUAAAAACUAUCGUAGGCAAAUUGAUGUAUGUACAUACGUAUGUAUGUACAGAGUGCCCAGUGGAAUUCAUUUGAUAACUCUCUCUUCCCCCUCCUUCGCGCAACAUAUGCUCAUUGUCGGGACAAUUUAUUGCGUUCGGUAGAUUUAAUUUUUUGUAAUUGCAUCAAUCAAAAUACUUGUAGUACGUUUUUAGGAUUAGCAACGAGACGCUGCUAGUCCAACUACGUCUCUACUUUUAAUCCGCAGCACACAGUUAAUACACAUUAGUGCAUCCAAUCAAAUUCGUUAUAAAAUACACGUUACGAUCGUAUAACGAUGUGGUAUACAUAACUCUUAGGGAUAGUAUAAUUGAUAGGAGAAUACUUAGUUUUACCCAUACACGUACAACUGUGAUUUAAAAGAAAUGUAAAUUUUUGUUUUGACAAAUAGUAUCGCGGCACACUUUUUACAUGCUUUUGAUCAGAUCCAAUUUAUCUUACAAGUAGUGCUGUCAACAUCGGUAUAUCCGGGUGUACAUAGUACUCGGAAUGACAGCACAACUUGCAAGUGCAUCCGACAUGACGACCGUACCGUAUCAUCACCUUGGACUUUGCAUGUGUGAGAUAACAAGUUUUUACCAAAGCUGAUUAUUGAUUGGAAAAUAUAAAACCCCAUAUUAUAC